AUGUCGAGUCAGGAAAAACAAGAACAGCCUAAGAGAGGAUUCAUCGGCUGGGCCAAGCGGGUGACGAACCUGAUACUUGCGCAGUAUCUUGUCAUUGGAUUUGCCACCGCCUGCGUAUUAGGAUAUUUCUUCCCGUCUGUCGCUCGACAUGGAGGCGUCAUACGCUCCGAGUAUAGCGUCCUCUAUGGCGCUGUCGCUUUCAUCUUCCUUGUCAGCGGACUGCAGCUUUCGCCUGAGAAGCUACGCAAGAAUAUGACAAACUGGAGAUUGCACAUUCUGGUUCAUGGAAUCAGUUUUGCUUUCAUCCCAGCUAUCGUCUUGGCCAUUGUUCAUAUCUCCAUUGCCGCUGGAGCUCUUGAGUCGCAAACUCCUUCGCCACCAAUUCUCAUCGGCCUUCUCACUACGGCAUGUCUUCCAACAACCAUUGCCUCCAAUGUUGUCAUGACACGAGCUUCAGGGGGGGAUGAGGCUGCGGCUAUCAUCUCGGUCGUGAUCGGCAACGUGGCAGGAUCCUUUCUCUCACCACUACUUAUCUACGGCUUCUUUCCAACUGGUCAUUCUGAAGUGUUCGAUAACUGGCGCCCUGCUGAUCCAUCUACCCUGGGACACAUGUAUGCAGAUGUCGCUAAACAACUAUGUCUUAGCGUCGUCUUGCCUCUCAUUGUCGGUCAGGCUAUAAGAUGGAAGUGGGAAGAGCGUACAGUGAAAGUCCUCAACACACUUAAAUUGGCUAAAGUUUCGACAAUAUGUCUCGUUCUGCUUGUCUGGACAACGUUCUCUGGGGCCUUUGGUACCGGGGCGUUGAAAGACUUGUCGACCAGCAAUGUCCUUUUUCUUGUCUUUAUGAACGUUGCACUGUAUGCUCUUUUUACCGUCAUCUGCUUUUUCCUCGCGAGGCCUCCCGAGAGAUUGGUCAGAAUGGCUUCUUCAUCUUGGCUGAGGGUCUUGUUUCAGCGUAUGACCAAAGAGCAGACUAUUGCGGUAUGCUUUUGCGGCGCGGCCAAAACAACAAGUUUGGGUAUCCCGCUGGCAAGCUCAAUGUGGGCUCGUGCGGAUGAUCUGACACGGGCUUACAUUCAGAUACCAGUAUUGCUAUACACUAUAGAGCAGGUUUUUAUGGCCCAAGGGUUAGUGUAUGUCUUCAAAUGGUAUAUGCGUCGUGAAGCUAAGGAGAGCGUCGACGAGGAAACAGAACAGGAUACUUCUGGGGAACAGCAGUCUACAGCAACACAUACGGAAGCUUCUGGCUUAUCAAGAGAAGUUAUUGACGCGGAUACAGAAGAAAAGGUACAGCGUAGAUCAUAG